GGGCAGCGGCGGCGUGUCCUUGUGUCUGUCUGUGUGUCCGCGCUUGUUGUAGCGCCCGCUCUGCACACCCGCGGGAUGCUGGCGCUGAGCGCCGCCCGCCGCCUGCUUCGCCCGCCCGGGGACCUGCUGCCGCCGCUGGGGCUCGCCUGCAUGUGGGCGGCCGGUGCCCGCGGCUGCAGCGGGGCCGGCGCCGGUUCGCCCAACCCGGUGGUGUACUUGGACGUGAGCGCCGACAACCAGCCGCUGGGACGCGUCGUGCUGGAGUUGAAAGCUGACGUGGUCCCAAAGACAGCAGAAAACUUCAGAGCUCUUUGUACUGGUGAGAAAGGAUUUGGGUAUAAGGGAUCCACUUUUCACAGGGUGAUUCCUUCAUUUAUGUGCCAGGGUGGUGACUUUACAAAUCAUAAUGGAACUGGUGGAAAAUCCAUCUAUGGCAGUAGAUUUCCAGAUGAAAACUUCAUACUUAAGCACAUAGGACCUGGUGUUCUUUCAAUGGCCAAUGCAGGACCCAACACAAACGGAUCCCAGUUCUUCAUUUGCACUGCAAAAACUGACUGGCUAGAUGGAAAGCACGUUGUUUUUGGGCAUGUAAAGGAAGGAAUGGAUGUGGUGAAAAAAAUCGAGAGCUUUGGUUCCAAGAGUGGAAAGCCCUCUAAAAAGAUUGUCGUUACUGACUGCGGCCAGAUAUCUUAACCUUUUGUCCCACCCUUCAUGACAACUUGGAUGCUGUGAAAAAUGAAUCAUCAAAACACCCAAACAUUUCUUGUCUCAGGAGUAGCACCUAUGGAAACAUGUCUUUUAUUUAACUUGGUCCAACUUUUAUACUUCUAUUGAAUAAUAUUGAUUAAAACCAUAAAAUAAUAACUGAAGCAUGUUGUAACUGCACCACCAUGGUAGUCACACUGGUUUGGUAGAGUCCCCUUGUGUUUUGCAAGAAGUGCUAAAGUCACCCAGGGUGUACCUGACUGCAGUAUUGAUACUGUCCUUAGUAUUUGGAUGUUUCAGGUGUUAGAAUGGGUGCUGGAGUUGACAGCACGCAUUCUGCACUUGGGGGUUAGGUGUAAAUGGAGAAAUGCUGUGUUUCCUUUGGUGCUAAGAAAUGCUUCUUCUGUUGUCCAUCUCAUCAUUUUGAAGCAGUGCUACUGACCAGUGCUCUCAAGGCUGUCUGCAACAACACUGGCAUUUUCUUUGUGUCUCAGUUAAAUUCUGUCCUAUAGCUUUAAUGAGCAGCUGUGGGUUUCUUAAAAAUUAAUUCUGGUUUAGUCUUUCUUAUAGUCUCAGACUAGUUAUGAAAAAUCAACUCUACCUUACUUGCUUCAGUGGAGCAAUUUGACUUUUGGGUUAAGUAAAUUGCUUUAGGUUGAGUUAGGCUAAUACUGAAGCUCUGUCUGGCAAUAAGACCUCACCUCAAUCCAGCCAAAGGAUCUCAGGACUUUUUUUGUUAUGGAACUGUGAACUUGAAGUGUGCUUCUGCUCUGGGAUCUGGUUCUGUGAGGAAUGCAGCUCAGUUCUCAAUAUAUGGCCUAUUUUUGUACUUGGAGAAUAUAACCAGUAUAGUGAACCUGCUUGAGUGAGAAAUAGGUUUGAUUGCCUUUUUGUCAUGUUGAUCCUGUGAAGUCAGCACAACUUGGGUAUUACUUGGAUUAUGAUUUCUUCUUAUGCAUCAUUAUCAUCAGUCAGAAUUGGUCAUCACAGAAUCAAUCACAAGGCCUAAUCAGUGCAGCAAAAUCAUUAUUGUUGGGGUUUAUGCAUAAGAAGGAAAGAAUUCAGGUGAUCAGCUAAAGACAUUUCAUUUGUAAAAAGCAAGAUGUAUGUUCUGUAUGGCAUGCUUGAGCAGCAGCAAACAUUGGAACCUCACACCAUUGCCUUUGGAAUCACUAAGGCUGUAAAGUAUCAAUGAUUGUGGGAAAAAUCAUAUAAUUGUUUUGUGCAAUAAUGUCAUUAGAGAAAAAUGUGAUGGUUUUCUUCAAAUGUGAGUUUAUUUUCAUUGCAGGAUGAUAAUACAUGGGCUUAAAACUAUUUUGUACUGAAUAUUUUUGCACUGAGGGCUACACUCAUGAGUGCAAGGUAGUAUUUAGAAGUAAUUUCACAAAAAUGGAAUUAAAAAGCUUUUUAUUCUUUCCACUGUAGCUGCUUAAUCUCUGUAAUAUUUUUUAAAUAUUAAAUUGUGAUGGUUUGGCUUGUUUCACUUGGAUACAAUAACUAUUUUUUUGCAUUCUCUUAAUUUGUAUAUGAAAAUUAUUAAA